CGGGUCCGGAACAAUCGGGCAGAUAAGGUACAACAGGAGCAGGCAGGAGAAUGGUCAGGAAUAGCCGGGGUUGGUGCAGGCGGAGUUCUAGCAGAGUCAGGAUCAAAGCAGGGUCAGCAACGAGACAGGAACACAGGAUACCAGGUACAGGGGCUCAUGGGAAACAUACACCAAGGCCCUGAUCACAGGCCUGGUCAUUCCUUAAAUACACCUCCUGCAAUCAGCCCCAGGUGUUGGCUGACUACAGGAGCGAGCUUCUGGCUGCUGAGAGCACCCGCUGGUCAGCCCUGGUACUGCAGCCCACACGGCAGGUGAGUCCCACCACCAGUGCUGAGUCCAUUCCUGACAGAAACUCAUUAUGUUAAUCGAGGGCAAACUGGAUCCUGUGCUAAUGGCACCGGC